CCCGGAAGCGGCGCGGGGCGGGCAGGGCGGCGAUGGCGGCGGAGGAGCCUCAGCAGCCGCAGCCGGAGCCGCUGGGCGGCAGCGACGCCGACGGUGUGAACUGCCUGGCCUACGACGAGGCGAUCAUGGCGCAGCAGGACCGCAUCCAGCAGGAGAUCGCGGUGCAGAACCCGCUGGUGUCCGAGCGCCUGGAGCUGAGCGAGCUCUACAAGGAGUACGCGGAGGAUGACCACGUGUACCAGGAGAAGAUCAAGGACCUGCUGCAGAAAUAUUCCUACAUCCGCAAGACGCGGCCGGACGGGAAUUGCUUCUACCGCGCCUUCGGCUUCGCGCACCUGGAGGCGCUGCUGGAGGACGGGCAGGAGCUGCAGCGGUUCAAGGAGGUGUCGGCGCGGAGCAAGGAGGAGCUGGUGGCGCAGGGCUUCACCGAGUUCACCAUCGAGGACUUCCACAACACGCUGAUGGAGCUGAUCGAGCGCGUGGAGCGCCGCGUGCCGCUGCCGGAGCUGCUGGCGGCCUUUAACGAGCCGGCCACCUCGGAUUACCUGGUCGUGUACCUGCGCCUGCUCACCUCGGGCUGCCUCCAGCGCCACCGGCGCUUCUUCGAGCAGUUCCUCGAGGGCGGCCGCAGCAUCAAGGAGUUCUGCCAGCAG